AUGGAAGUAGAGGAAUGUUCAUCAAUUGUGGCCACGAAGAUGUCGAGCACAAUGAGCAUCGUUUUGUGCAUGCUGAAGAAAGGCUUUUCGAGAAGCAAGCUCAAAAUAUUCGAUUUGCAUACCAAGAUGAAACAUGAAAAGCAUGCAAGCACCUCUAUGAGCAGUGUACUCCUGCACCACCACUACGCGGCCUCCUCCAUCUGUCGCUCCACCGACGUUGCCAUGUCAUUCGUGUCGCCCCGAAAAGACUACGAGUUCAGCUGCAGUAACACGCCCUUGAUUCGACGGCGAAAACGGUACUAUCAGUACCGUCACAGCUAUAACCAUCCGAAAGUGUUUGUUGAUGAUUUAAGGUGGAGUGAGUAUGAGAGUGUGGAAGCAUCGCCAGCGUUUAGUUUGCCGGGGUUUGGAAGGAGUCCGGUGAGAGUGAGGCAGCUGAGGGUUUCGGAUUCGCCGUUUUCGAUCAAGGAUGCUGAGGAGAAUACGGAGCAACUGGACAGGGCUGCGGAAGAUUUCAUCAGGAAGUUCUACGAGGAGUUGGAGAAACAGAGGAGGAUGGCACCACCGGCUACUUACUAUAGGAGGGCUCAAUGA